AUGGCCGGUUGUGAGGAAAGUUGUGGUUUCUACUUUGUUUUUGCAUUGGUUACGUUUUUCGUGUGGAUGGAUCUGAGCUUUUUUGAUGAAUUAGGAGAACAUGGUUCAUUCUACAAUUCAACUAUGGCCGAAAAUAUGAUGUUCCCGGUGAAAUCCAUAAAACUCCGGAUGCAGGACCACACGGAUCAUUACGUUAACCUCCCGUGGAUGCAAUUUUUCAACGACUAUACAGGUCUAUACAAGGUACCUGGUAUAACUCCUAAUCUUAUCAGUGGAAUCCACCUCUUUUUGGCCAUUAUGGCGGCGAAAUGUUUUGUUUCAGGAACUCUUGGUAUUCGAAGACUUGGAGCUUUGCUUUACGAGCUUCGCUGUCAGCUGGAUAUUUUAGACGGUGUGGUAUUUCGCGCCCAACAGAACAUGAAGGAUAAUUUUAUGUCCGUCUGGGGUUCAAUGGGUUAUCUUGUAGAUGCCUUUGCUGAUAUGUGUGGAGGGCUUCUUGUUGCUGGUGCGUGUACAGUUUUUCUCAAUCGAUAUCCGCCAUGGAAGCGCAUUAAAACUAAACUUCACGAUGAAUUAGAAUCUGGUGGCAGAAAAGCCUUGAGUUUCCACCAUGAAGACGAGGAGCGAUAUGUACACGUCAACCGUCGCUCAGUUAACAUCAAAAUGCUGCUUGUUGUUGUACAGAUUAUAGCUAGGAGUGGAUUUUGGGAUCAUUACUUGCAUUCGUACGUGGAUUUAUUAGAGAAACCAAAUCCUGACAUACCAAGGGUGAGUUUUAAAUCUUACUGUUAUCACAGCUGCAACAUACAUUUGUACGUUGAAUUUAAGAAAUUGUUCAGUAACAAGAAAUUAAUAUAUUGGCAAACAUUCCUUGAUAGCGAAGUUAUUCAGUCGCGUUGAUAAAAAUUUUUUAUAUAUCAGGAAGAAAGAUUACAUACCGGUAUAAAAAUAUAUCUCCAUUGUACGCAUUGUUCCUUUAUGUUUUAUUUAUGAACUAUGGAAUGUGUAGUUCCAGAAAAUAUCCAGGCCCCCACCACGGAGGGAAUCUCACUUAGGACCCCCCCACCCCCCUGGAUUUUCCAUUUUUGCAGGGAACUGAUGACCCCCAACCCUCCGGAAUUUCCACAAGUGUUACAAAGACCCCCCAACCCCUCUGGAAAAGUUCAUUUUCACGAAGAAAGACUAUUAAAGUAAAAGAAUGAGGCAUUUUAUUGUUAGUACGUAAAGGUUUCCAUCAGAAGCUUGUAUGCUUCUGUUUCCAUUUAUUGGAGUGAUCUCGCAACAUUAAAACUCACUACACCACCACAAAGUAACCGAAUCUGCAGUUUUUGCUCAUCCCUAACUUUAAAUGAAAUAGAUAAAAUUACAAGUCGGUUGUAUAUAUGAAUUUACCUUAAUCAGGGCAAGGUUACGAUUUGUUAUUUGUCUUCAUGGACGUAAGGUAGGCGUAAUGUUGGUAGAGUUAACCAGUCGUGCAGGAAUGCUAUAUGGUGAACAAGUCAAACUUUCAACCCCAAAAUUAAGGCAAAACUAAGAGAAGAAUAAAAACUCUGACUUCUGAAUUCAUAACAAUGAAUACCCCCUGCAUCUUGAAGGGAAACCAAGUUCAAUUUACUGUUUUCCGAUCGACUGAUGCGACGUGCGUUAUGCCCGAUGCCCGUAAUGUUUGGUGAAAUCAACACCAUUUCAGCGAGCGAGAAUUCGAUCAUGAACAUGCCACAUCUUCAACCACAAAAUUACGGGAAAAUGAAAAGGAGAAUAAAAACUCUACAUUCUAAAGUGGUUACAAUGUAUAGUUUGUACUUCGUGAAGUAAAAUUGCCACUCUACGGUUCUUCCAUCGAUCGACUGACGCAACGUGAUGUGUUGCACGCGUUGAUGUCUUAAGGGAGACUGGUAACGAGUAAUGGCGGCCGAAUAUACGAGCUUGCGAUAAAACGAGUUGUAGUCGUCCUAAUUCCUUUGAAAUUACAUCCAAAACACUUUUGGAAAAGGAACAAAAGGAACAAUCUUAAAUGAUAAAUUUCAAGUUAUUUAUGUUCUAAAAAUGAUCUAACAGUUCGGUAAGAAGCAACGUUCGAACUCAGGUCGAAAAUGAAAUGAUAUUUACCCCCGGAAAGUGAUUUUAUUGUCCAACCCCCCUCCCCUCGGGAAUUUCCUGGGCCUCUGACUCCCCCACCCCCCUGGAAUUUCCAAUUCCCUUCGUGGUGGAGGUCUGGAUAUUUUCUGGAACCACACAAUGUAAGUUUGCCGUUAUUUCCUCGAAUAAUAGACGGGGGCGAUUAUUUCUUUUUUCGCUUCAAAAGGGGGACAGUUAUUCGAGGGAAGGCGGUUAUUUGAGGGAGGUGACUAUAUCAAUUAUUGAUGCUCACUAAAAGUCGUGCCCUAAUUAUUUUCUUUUAUUGUGUGAUUGUGUUUCCAGAAAAUAUCCAUACCCCCCCACGGAUGGUUCUUCCGAUCAGACCCCCCCCACCCCAUCAGAAUUUCCGUUCCAGAGGGGUCAUAUAUAACCCCCCACCCCCCAGGAAUUUGCUAUUUUCUUUUUCAUGGCCUUAAUUUGCCGCAUUUAGAGAUUAUCGACCUUGUACCGCCUAAAAAUUAACUGUUCUCAUCUUAAGGCACAAUUUUCUGUAAUCUUUGACCUAUUUGUAAUCUUUUACAAGGCAAUAUGUAUCUCUUACACAGGUAGAGCACGCUUGAUAGACUAUGAGCAGUCCAGCAAAACGCGCGAGUCACGAAAAUAGAGAUUAAUAAGUUUAUGUCAUCUCUAGCCUGAAUUUCAUCCGAUUACUUCGAGUCGUUAAUUACUCCCUCAGUAACGUCUGAAUCGACUGGCCGUUAAUGCCGUCCAGUGAUGUCACUUCUCCUUGACCUUUGCUUUAAUUCAUGCAAAAAGUAAAACACGAUUUUCAAGUGGCAAACCGAGAAAUAUCGUUUGGAAAUGUCUGCAUGAUACAGAACUGCUUUAUUUUUUUUUAUCGUAAUUCAUGUUUAACGUUCAAACUAUAAACUGCAUGCAAUACAACUUCGAACCGGUUGUACCGAAUUCUAUAAUCAAACUCGGUCACAAUCACGCAAUCAAAUAAACACACACAUGGAACACUUAGUUCAAAAACACAAUGAUUUGCUCUAACUGAAAAGAAGCUAUUUGGUCCUUGAUGAAGGAAAAAAAAAACAAGAAGACAAGAAAGAAAGCUAACAGAAUUAUUAUACUUGACAGUAAAAUAGCAAGAAGGUCGAAUUAUAACAUUGAUCUCAGAAAACUUCGCGUAAACAAAAUCACCGGUGGCCGAAACCACAAAGCGGCUCUAAAUGAAAAACCUACCGACUCUCCGCAAUGAUUCUUCAUCCGCAGUUCAAUUUAGCAUUUCAGUUUCGAAGACAAGGGCAAUUUUGCUGUUUAAGAUAAAGAUUAUCAAAAUGUUUGAACUACACGAAAGAAUGCCAGGGAUGCGAUCCGCUGAAUAUCAAGGACAAUACCACUAAAAUUUUUCAUAAUUAUACAUAAUUAUGCGAAUGUUUAGUCAAUCAACCAAUCAAAAUCACUACCCAGUUUUCGGGUAGUGGGUGAUGUCACAGGACGGCAUUAACGGCCGGUCAAUUCAGACGUUGAGAGGAGAAAACGACUCGAAGCAAUCGGAUGAAUUUCAGGCUAUGUUAUCUCAAGAAAACAUUUACAGGAUAACUUCAAGUAAUUUUGAACUAUUCAUUGAAAUAAAACUAUACGAACAUUUUCGCAUUUCAAAACAAAUCUAUUUUACGGACAAAGUUUAUCGGUAAAUAUUUUCGGCUUCCAGUCCCAAAGUUGAUUUCUGACACUGUAACUAAGUUUCACUAUGUACACGUCUAGUCUAAGUCAGUUUCAUCUCAAAUGCAACAUUUACAGCAUGUCUUCAAAGUUAACUAUUGAUUUAACAUUAAACUAUGAAAAGAUAUUCGAAUUUCAAAAUGGAUCUUCUAAAAAACUAACUUACAACAAAGUUUAACGUUAAAUGUUUGGCCUCGGAUUCUAAAGUCACCACAAAGUCGAUGUUUGUAAUUAAGUUUAACUUCGAAUGAAUUACACUUGCAGUUUAACAAAUUUCCGAAAUAAUAAAAAAACUUAUUUGGGUUAUAGAAGAACAAAAUAUGCAAAUAUUCAUUUUGCGUCCCAUAUUUACAUCGAUUCAUGUUCAGAAAUAAACAUUGGUGAAACAUGAUCUAUUGCAUUGCCUAGCACAUGAUCGAAAGUCUCCUCCACGGAAAAAACAAAUUGUUAAUAUUUUCGGGCAAAAGUUGAUUUGGCAAGAAGUCUGUUGGACAAACAGCUUACCUUCAGCAGUACUUUAUUAGAAGUCAUCCAUAAAAUACAGCAACGCUCUUAUUUGGGUCGUCACAUAACGCUUUGUCGAUAAGCCCACUAAAUGCAGCUGAAUGUCAACAGAAAUUUGUAUACAGUUUUUUACAAGAAGCGCGAGAAAUAUCGUUCCAAGAUAGACAACGUUUGCUUAAGUUUUUAUCAGACUAAUCUGCAAUUGAGUCCGCAAUCUAGAUACAUGUUUGACAAGGAAAUUCUUAUUAAUCGAUGCACUAAAAUUUAUUCCCCGAGAAGCAAGGGACCUGUCGAGAAUUGCAAUCGAUUUGCGCAAAGGACGAUAUUUAUUAAAAGUCUGUUCAUCGUCGGUGAGAUGAUAGUGAACUCCCAGCAAAGAAGAAGACGUUUGAGUCAAAAAUCGUUAACUUUUUUCUCGAAAGGGCAUCUAUUUCUAAUUUUUGUUGUGCUACAAAUCAAAAUAAUCCACAUAUACUUGAUAAGUAUGUCUCAUACGAUCGAUUGCGUCUUUUACAACCCUGUGGAAAAUUCUUCUCAUCGGCACCUCUCAGACCCCUCGGAAAUUUCUACCCUUUAGCCCUUCCAUCCCCUAGGAAUUUCCAUUGACCAGCCAGUGGGGGGGGAGGGGGUAUGGAUAUUUUCUGGAAUCACACAUUUUAUAAAAAAUAUCCCAUCAAAUAAACUGAAUAUGGGCUUUUAAAGUGUUCCAAAUUUGGUUCCAUGAUUAAUUUUCAGAACUUGAUUCAUCACUGAUCAGUGUUGCUGGAUCAGAGUCCACUUCAACUUGGCAGUGAGGGGAUAAAAGAAAGAGAAAAUGGCGAGAGGGGUGAAGGGAGACAAUUAUUCGAGGGAGGCGAUUUUUUCAAAUAUUUCCAUCAAAGGAGGGCGAUUAAUCAAGGGACGGCUAUUAUUUGAGGAAAUGCGGUAUCUUACAUUAAUUUUAAGCAAUAAUCCACUGUGUAUCUUUCCUUGAAAGUAUUGACCAAAAUAACCAUGUUACAUGCAAGAACAAGUGAAAUGUGAAAAAUCAAUUUUAAGAGAUUUGUCAAGUUUCUUUCUAUUGGGCUAGUGCAUUUAGUGUCCAUGCCCCCCCAGUCAAAGACCAGCUGAAGAAAAAUUGAGGAUUUUUUAAGGGGUGCAGUAAAAAAGUAUGGAAUUCUUCGGCAGUGAAACUUUAAUUUCCAUAAAAUUUUUUAGGGCAGACGCAUAUUCUUCUGGAGGAAGACCCAUAUUUUAUGGAAGUCUUCAGGGGUGAAAGCAAUUCAAGGGUUUAAAUAAUAAACGAAGUAGCCAGCAGGUUUGAAUGGAGUACCCAACUGUAUCAACAAGAGGCCGUCAAUCCCGUGCCCCUAAGGAAGCCGGGGGGCAUGCUCCCCCAGAAAUGUUUGAAAUUUCAGAGCCCUAAAAUGUGAUUUACAGCAUUCUGGGACUAAAUUGAGUACAGAAGUGUGUUUUUCAUUAAAGAAAAUGUAGCUUUCAUUCAGGUUCCGAUUUAUCAGCCACGCAACUUACAAACAAUGGACAAACGUACAUUUGAACGAGAGCAAAUUCUGUUUAAACUUCCAUAGAAAGGUGUGAAGAAUUGACUGAAAUACAGCAUUUGCACAACUAAAGCAUAAAUCAAAACCAGUUGGCCUUUACAUUUUCAUUCAGAUUUUGUGAUAUGUUUUUGUUUACGACAUUGUAACUAAAGCACUAGUUGCCUCUUCUUUCGGGGAGAAAAGUAGCUGACUUCGCUGAGGGAAAUAACCAAUGUUUUUUGUCGGUCGUUUGUGCUUUAUAUUGAAAUCCCUGGCAAUUAUAUUUGAUCUUCACGGGUAGGGAGAAAGGGUAAGUCCUUCACUGGGGGGCGGGGGGGGGGGUACAGAUAUUGAAAUAAAUGCAAUAGCCUAUUGUUUGGGUCCAACUCAACCUUAAUAAGCCUUUGUCAUCUUUGAAGUUAGACAAACAUUUUUUAUAUAACUCUGUUGAACUUAAUUAAACUCAAUUCAUGGCUGGAGUUUGGUCAAGUUCAGCAAUCCAACAUAAUCAAAUUUAAAAAAUUGCUCAGUCGAACACAAUCAAACAUUAGGAUUUUCUCUUUCUUGAAAGAGAGACAAGAUCAUGGUGGAGACUGGGGAAAUUAGUUUUCCUGAUCAUUUGCUGGUUCUCUGCGAUUUUAACCUUUGGAAUGGUUUUAGUCUUCAUUUACUAUGUCUACUUCAUUAACUACUUAUUCUUUCCAUGAUGACAAUAAUUUCUUCUGAGAUGGUAUCCAGUAUGUUGAUCCUUUGCACCUUUUGCUUUCUUCAUUAAAAAAUUUUCUUAAAAAUCAUGUUAAUUUUUAACUUAACAGAAUUGAGUCUGGGUAUUCAUUUAUAUUAACCUUGUUAAAAUCCUAUUUUAACUGGGCUACGUGUAUGUCUUGAAGAAUUUUUGACCAGAUUACUCAGAGAGCAUCCUAAGCCGAGUUGUUGAAAGCUGGGUUAAGAUAACCCAUGCCAGGAAUAGUGUGAAAUUUUAAUUCCGAUUUGAAAGCUUAAAAAGCAAAUUCAGUUUAGUACUUUUGUCUGCAACAUGAUGAUUCGAUGAUCUUAAAAGAAUAGAGAAAAUUAUCGAAGAAAAUGCUUUUGAGUAAAACAAAAAGAUACCAGGAUUAAAAUUUAACCUCAAUUUAGGACUAAUCGGCCUUCGAACAACAGCAAUCUCAAGGUCAUGAAAGAUAUUAAUCGCCAUGGGUAAUGUCUAUAAAGGGUUUAGUUUUAUCGUUUGUCUCAUGUUUGUCACUUUGAUAUUGAUUGUGACGUUUCAAUCGCACACUCAAAGUCAGACUCCUUGAUUGAAUAUUGUUUAUCAUAAUAACCUACUUACAUAAGAACCUGCUUGCUCUUGCUUGGCUAAACAGAUUCUUGUCUUUUUGGGUAUUAGAGUGGCAAAUUUUUGCCAUAGGUUCUUUUGUGCAGGUGUUUACUGUAGUUGCUCUUUUAAUUACUGUGUAUUGAAGUGAUUUUGUUACAAAUAGUUAUGGUGAGUCCUUGGACUCAUCUUGUGAAAAAUUAUUAGUCCCUGUCCCUAACCAAUGAGUCUCAGUUCAAAAAAACAAGGAGUCCAAAAUUGAAAAUGCUUGGGCCUUUGUGUAACCAGACAGUUAAUGUGGAGACUCUAUUACAGUUCACUGAAAGUAAAAUUUAGUCCUUCUAUAUAUUUAAAGCACAAAAAAGACUAAACUAAAAUUAAUAUGCAUCUUUAAACAACAGUAACAGAAAUCACACAAACAGGAUAUUCUACCAAAAAAUCGUUCUUUGCGUCCUAAGGGAUGCAUGUCAUGAAUUAUUUUGUGUCUUUGGGGAUUUUUAUGCACCAGGGACUCAGGACACAGAGGUAACAAAAUCACUGGUAUUGGAAGUACAGGUCCUCUAGGGUCCAAAAUUAACUUUUUAAUAUGGGCGCCAACUGGCGAGCAAGUGUAAAUUUUUGGUCACCAGAGGGCAAAUUGUGGUCGCCAAAAAUUCCCCCUCCCUUUUUUGCAAAUAAAAGUUAAAACGCAAAUUAAAGAAUGUAUGGUAUGGACAUUUUUAUGCUUAAAAAUUGCUCUACUUCCGUUCCAAAUACCAGAAAACAACUAAACGUGUACAAGUGAAGUCUUAUUUAUUUCUUUUUUUCACAAAUUACUUUUUGGAGAUAUAAAGCUAUCUGACCUGGAAUGUAGGAACAGAAAGCUAUCUGCCUAUGACUGCACUUAUCACAUCAAAACUCUAUUUCGUCCUGAUAACUACCACGAAACAUGAAACAUAAACACAAGUCACGAGUCAAGUUGCCAUGUUGCCUGUACCAGUGUCACAACCGUGCCACAUUACUCAUAGCAUAUGGGUACACAAGGCUGUGCUCUAAGGAAAAUUUCAGGGAGCCCUUCGGGCUCCCAAGCAUUUUAGUUAAGGCGCCCAGACCCCAAAGUUGGUCGCCCGAAUAAAAUUUUCGGGGAGGGGUGCCCAGGCCUCUCAAGUUGGUCGCCCGAGUACAUCUGAUGACCAAGUAUUUUUUACGCACACGAAUCUUACUGGCCUGCUGAUCACCAAACUCGGUAAUUUUAGCUUUUGGAUUCGACCAAAACCCGCAUGUUGUCUUAUGAAACCCAUCAAAGUUUUCGCGCCAUUCAGAUUUAAAACCAGAAACGUUAGCAAUGCCGCCGAAUUGUUUAGGUCUUAAAGAGGGAAAAGUAAAAAAAUUCAGCAGGUUUACGUAAACUUCAUUAAGAUCUUUGGGUCAAGGAAAACUGUGCUUUUUAUCAGUAAUACUAAACUAAAAAAUAAAUUUUCAAAAGGUGAAUCAAUGCGGCAUGAAAUAUAAUGUGACGGAGUUUUAUACGGGGCAGAUCGAACUCAAGUUCCCGUGAAAAAUUCCGUGAAACAGUGAAACCGCCGCGGCCCCAAACCUAUUGUUUCAAUAAAAAAUAAGUCAUCUUUAAUUUCCUUUUCUAUAUUAUCAGUGAAUCUUUUAGGAUAAUUGAGCUUUUUGUGGAUACGGUCGAAGCGUAAACCAGCUCUUCUUUCCGUGUUUUUUUUUUGGCCGCUAAAUUUAGCCUAUAUAUGCCUGCAUGCGAAUUUAGUUAUCGAUACGUAAAAUACCAAGACAACGUGGAACUGCCCUGUUUCUAAAACAACAAUAAAAACGAUCAGAACGAUCAUAUCUUUUCUUUUUAUACUUCGCUAUCUUGUGUAAAGGGAAGAAAACAAUCAUAAGUUAUGUUUUAGCCAAGCAGACACAGCAGCCAAAAACCGUAAAAACAUUACAUUCGCAUACUGCUCAAUACGGCAAUUUCCGUUUUACAUAAAAAUAAAUUACUCCGCGUCGCCAUCCGCGCUCUACGUCUGUCAGAAAAGUAUUGACAGUUUCUCCUAAAAACUGUACCUAAUGAACCAUUCUAUCUCAAACAAAAAAUUUUAAAACUAUUUUAAGAAGCGGUACAAAUCGAAAUCCGUGCCGCUUGUCACGUUCAAAGUGAUGGAUUAUGUUACAUGUGAAAUCAUGCAGAACGACCUUUGAACAUCGACGCGCGCCCGUUUCUUUCGUACAACAUUAGUAAAAACAUUUUCUGUAGGGUUUAGUAAACUCCGACUCAACAAGCCAACACUAGUAUGUUAAAUUUUUCUGCCCGCUUAACUGAACACUGCACCAGAAGCAAGAGUGCCCGGCCGGGCGACCGGGACCGUUUUUUCAGUCGCCCGAAGCUAAAUGUUAGUCGCCUCAGGCGACCGGGCGCCGUUAGAGCACAGCCUUGGGUACAGUAUAAUUCCGCAUACAUAACAUACUUUGCAUAGUUCAGCUGGAAACAACAUGGUGGCUUGGAAAUGUUCAGCUCUUAUUGAUCGUAGUUGUUGUGCAGGUAUAUUUACAGGAAGAUUUGUUUCACUUUUAAUUAAAAAAUAUAGCAGGACAAAAAGUAAGACACCUGUGGGCAAAUAGCUUUGAGGUUUCAAUUCUUAAUCACUUUCUCGGAGCAUGAAAGUCUGCAAUAACAACCAGCCCUACAAGUUACCAGCUGGUGUCCAGCUAUGAAAUUCUGGUCGCCAGAACUGAAUUUUUAGUCGCAUUGGUGACCAGGAGGGCACAAUUUUGGACCCUGUCCUCAUGGCCGACUCAGUAUGAACAAUCCUCUUUCCUCUUUUUCCACAUUUUUAAACAUAAAGAAUAUCAGUCAUAUCUGGUUAUUCUUAGUUCCCAAUAAAAACAAACCAAAAAAACUCUAAGGCCCGGCUCAGAUGCUGAACUUUUCAUGAGCCAAACCUAAUUUGAAUUAAAGCUGAACCAGGUAAUUUAGAUGGGCUGAAUUGAUUCAGACUAUGAUCUUAAUAUCAGCCAACUUAAAUUCAAACGACAAAAAUGCUCAUUUCCAGACUUGCCAACCUCCCAAAUGGCAAAAAAUGUGAGAUUCUGUACCUAGAAAUGGGUAAAAAUUUGUGAGAUGUCCCAAAUUUCAUACUAUGGGUUUUGGAGCAGUAAGGUGGAGCAGUAUUUUUGCUGUUUAGGGUUUGUGAUUUCUAUGUUUUGUUGGCGGUCAUCUUAAAACAAUAGAAACAGUAAGUCGAUCCAUAAAACGCAACCGUUAAACGUGUUCUUUGGAUCAAGCUGGCUAUCAAUCAAUAUCUAGCUUGGAAGCAAACCCUACAGGCUUGGCGCACGCUACUGGUGUACACGAGCGUAACACCGUGCCUUAUGCACGAUUCGCGCUCAAGAAAAGGCACGGUUUUUGUGCCAAAGCACGGGAAAAAAACAUGUAAAGGCACAGAUUAGGCACACUUUAGGCACAGUUAAGGCACGUUUUAAAUAUUGCUAAGGCACAUUUUAGGCACAGUUUGGGCACACUUUUGGCCGUUUUGGGCACGGUUUAGGCACAAAUAUUCAACGCUGGGCACUUUUUUGAAAAUCUUUGUAACCCGACUUGCAAAAAAGAACAAACUUGGUACGAAUUACAAAAAUAAUUCAGAUCAAACACGAUGCAGUUAGAAGUAUAGGAAGUGUAAGUUUUGAGCCGCGCCGAAAGUCAGGAAAAUUAAAGUAUUCUUCGACAGUCCAUGUUUACUCCAAGGAUAAAGUGGAAAUUCACACGCGAUAUGUGCGGUCUGAACCUUUUCGAUUGCCAUGCAAUUUUAUAGACUGGCUUUCUUUCGUUUCUAAAAGAAAUCGUGGAAGAAAGUCGAAGCCAUAAUAACAAAAACAAAGCUAAAGAAGUAAGGCACAAAAAUAGCCAAUAAAAGUUGUAGAAAAUACUUUUUGCGAUCGCCGUAAAAUUGGCCUGAAUUUGCAUAACAACAUGAAAAGUGGUAAUUUGAAACCUUCAUGCCAAUGCGUGUUGUUUUUUGGUACAAAAUGCGGCUGCUUUUUAAAAAUAUUUCUCUAACUAAAAAAGUAGAAUUUACACUUAGUAGUAAAAUAAUUUGAGCUGCUUGUUUGUUUUUGUUUUCUGGCUCUGUUAGCAAAUUAAGCUUUGAUCGUAUAAUAAUCGAUGAGACGUGCCAAUUUUGCUUGAAAACUCAUCGGCGUGCAAUCAAUUUUUUCAUUUUCAUUUUAUAAGUCAUAUCACAAGUAAAUUCUUUUUUUGAAUGCAAAUCUGCCCUCCUGAAAAAAACAAAUAUUUCGUUCCAACUAAACGCUCUGUUAAGACGGGGAGAAGAAGCCCACUUCGAAAUUUUUUAACAUCAGUGAAAUUCUUGAAUCAAUGAAAUCAUAUCAACACGUAAUUGAGCUGAGCACUUAUUUUAAAUACGCUAACCUGUUUAAGAUUCCAUUUUCUUGUUUGUAGGGGCUUUCCCUGCUGUCUCUAACCGUAUUCUGAGUCAUAUUAUUUCUUAUUAGGGGAUAAAAAGGUCGUCAGACCGUGUUUCUAGACUUCGUAAAUCUUAAAACUGACAUAAUUGCCGUGGGCACUUUUCUUUCGCUGUGGAGCUCGAUAGGCUGGACAUGAUUUUCCGAGUGACUCAAUAGUUUGGCACAACUUGUGCAUAGAUUAGGCACAGUUUGGGCACAACUUAGGCACGGCUUAGGCCAUUUUUCAAAACUAAAAUGCACACUUUAUGCACAUCUUAGGCACAUUUUAGGCACAAAACCUUUGUGCCAAAGCACACUCUAGAAUCCGAUUUUCAGUCCAACGCACGGUUUAUGAAUUUUCACGUUAAAAAAUGCUGUCUAACCUUAGAUAUUUGAUCUUAGCAUAAAAAUGGGUUUCCCAAAGUCUUAACAGUUAGUCUAUAAGUAAGGUUUAACUUAUGAGCAUUCCAAAAAUUAUUAUUUCUUCUCUUAACAACAAAAGAAAGUCAAUCAAAAGCUACCUUUUAAAUUGACGUUCGCACUGCACAGAGAUCGGAUGUAGACAGAACAUCUUUCUGAAAACGCCCUAAACUUUGUUGUUUUGCCAUUAUGUUCAGUAAUUUUUAAUACAGUUAGUACUCAUAAGUCACUGACCUCUGUGGAGAAAUUUUUCCAAAGUACCAUUAAUAGAAAUAGAGAAAUCCCACAAUAUGCAUGGUUAGACUAUAAAUGUUACGCGAGCUGUUAAAAAAUGGUCCCAUUUUGAGCCAUAUUUUUCAUAUUUUAAUUUUAUUUUGGUCUUACAGCCAGAAAAAAAAUAUUCAAUGAAAAGCUGUUUAUAAACUUUAACUUCUUGCCAAAUAUCGAUGCGAUCUGAGUUUUAAUAAGUUCAUAAGAGCCAAACGAUGUGAGAUUCUUAGCCGUGUACACCAGUAGCGUGCGCCAAGCCUACAUCUCCAAAAUUUUUUGGAGUUUGACUUUUCAAGAAAGUGUGAGGAAUUAGUUGCCAACUCAUGAGAGUGUAAGAUGGAUCAUGAAAUAUUGAGACUUGCGACAAAGUAGUGAGAUGUGGCAAGUCUGCUUUUUUUUUAUGCAUUAGAUUUGGUACAUGAAACGUACGACAUCUGAAUCAAAGCCUCUCCAAAGUCAAAAUUCCUGGCAGGGCGAGGCGGGAAGAACGGCUGAGCUGUUCCAAAUUGAAAUCUUAGAAGGGUUUCUAAUAAUAUUUUAUUGAUUCAGACACGGACCGUUUCAUGUACUUACUUCAGUGUAUUAGGUUUGGCUCAUGAAAAUUUGGCAUCUGAACUGGGCCUUAGUUACUUAUACACUUUAUAUUGUGCCUUCAUCUCCUGCCUUGAGGACACCUUACUUUUACAGACACCUUGCAAUUUCAGGCAGCGGGUGGAUUCAGAUUAUUAGUUUGUAUUAUUGUUUGGGACUCAGACAAACAGAUUGAAUUAACAUCGGCAAAUUCCUCACUUUUAUUUUGUUUCGUUUUGUUUUUUUUUAAUCCUCAACAACACUUUAUUACACAUUUACAUAAAAAGGAAAAAUGACAAAAAUUGUAAAAGAAACUAGAAAAAAGUAGCUAAAAAGUUACUGAAAAUUACAAUUAAAAUUAUCUUUGCACUUAUGUCUUAUACAUGAAGAAACAGUAACUUUUAAUUUUUUUUUUACAUAACAAAGUAAUGUAACUAGCAAAGACUAUAUUUGCCAGUAUGAUCAAUAUUGCACAUAUAUUACCACCUGCUUUACAUCACGAUUUUGUAAAAAGAAAAAAAAAUUUCUAUGCGAUCGUAAUCAGUGAGUUAUGCCAGUUACAUGUUGAGUCAAAAACUGGGUUCUUCUCACUAAAAUUUAAGUUGGACCAGUAUUCUUCAAUUUCUUUUAAAAAAGGGUCUUUUAUUUUCAGUUGUGAUGCAUCUUUUUGUUUUAAAUUGUGCGCACUAGAACAAUAAUAUCCCGCCGUAUCUCUCCGAGUACCUGGUAGUAAUCGAAAAAAAAAAACCUUCCAUUUGUCUUUGUCCUCUGUGUUUAGGUAGAUUUGAACCCAUUUCAUUUUCAUUGAUGCAUUAGAACUUUGUAUAUCAAUCAUCUCUAGUCUGCCCUGAUCGUAGUCAUUAGAUUUCUGUUCGUUUAAUUUUGUUGCCUUUGCUAUCCCACAGGAAAUCAUAUAAUAUCAAAUUUAUAUCUUGAGCUAUUUUUUGGUGUGAUGGUAGGGAUGACAACAGAUAGACUAUUUGAACCAUGGCUAGAGGUUUUAUUAUGGGGAUUUUACCCAAGAGAGUCAGUCUUCUCGUCGACCAACUAUUAAGAAUACUUUGGAUGUACUUUACCCAUUGUUGUACCAACGUUGUACCGAUCGUAUAAUUGGGCCCUUCGUUCUGUGUUUAGAGAUUUCUUCCCUUUGUAGUUUUCUAGGGGCCAGCUCAUCCAGUAUUUGAUUCUUUUCUGUUUCCAUUAAAUUGCCCUNAGUUUUAAUAAGUUCAUAAGAGCCAAACGAUGUGAGAUUCUUAGCCGUGUACACCAGUAGCGUGCGCCAAGCCUACAUCUCCAAAAUUUUUUGGAGUUUGACUUUUCAAGAAAGUGUGAGGAAUUAGUUGCCAACUCAUGAGAGUGUAAGAUGGAUCAUGAAAUAUUGAGACUUGCGACAAAGUAGUGAGAUGUGGCAAGUCUGCUUUUUUUUUAUGCAUUAGAUUUGGUACAUGAAACGUACGACAUCUGAAUCAAAGCCUCUCCAAAGUCAAAAUUCCUGGCAGGGCGAGGCGGGAAGAACGGCUGAGCUGUUCCAAAUUGAAAUCUUAGAAGGGUUUCUAAUAAUAUUUUAUUGAUUCAGACACGGACCGUUUCAUGUACUUACUUCAGUGUAUUAGGUUUGGCUCAUGAAAAUUUGGCAUCUGAACUGGGCCUUAGUUACUUAUACACUUUAUAUUGUGCCUUCAUCUCCUGCCUUGAGGACACCUUACUUUUACAGACACCUUGCAAUUUCAGGCAGCGGGUGGAUUCAGAUUAUUAGUUUGUAUUAUUGUUUGGGACUCAGACAAACAGAUUGAAUUAACAUCGGCAAAUUCCUCACUUUUAUUUUGUUUCGUUUUGUUUUUUUUUAAUCCUCAACAACACUUUAUUACACAUUUACAUAAAAAGGAAAAAUGACAAAAAUUGUAAAAGAAACUAGAAAAAAGUAGCUAAAAAGUUACUGAAAAUUACAAUUAAAAUUAUCUUUGCACUUAUGUCUUAUACAUGAAGAAACAGUAACUUUUAAUUUUUUUUUUACAUAACAAAGUAAUGUAACUAGCAAAGACUAUAUUUGCCAGUAUGAUCAAUAUUGCACAUAUAUUACCACCUGCUUUACAUCACGAUUUUGUAAAGAGAAAAAAAAAUUUCUAUGCGAUCGUAAUCAGUGAGUUAUGCCAGUUACAUGUUGAGUCAAAAACUGGGUUCUUCUCACUAAAAUUUAAGUUGGACCAGUAUUCUUCAAUUUCUUUUAAAAAAGGGUCUUUUAUUUUCAGUUGUGAUGCAUCUUUUUGUUUUAAAUUGUGCGCACUAGAACAAUAAUAUCCCGCCGUAUCUCUCCGAGUACCUGGUAGUAAUCGAAAAAAAAAAACCUUCCAUUUGUCUUUGUCCUCUGUGUUUAGGUAGAUUUGAACCCAUUUCAUUUUCAUUGAUGCAUUAGAACUUUGUAUAUCAAUCAUCUCUAGUCUGCCCUGAUCGUAGUCAUUAGAUUUCUGUUCGUUUAAUUUUGUUGCCUUUGCUAUCCCACAGGAAAUCAUAUAAUAUCAAAUUUAUAUCUUGAGCUAUUUUUUGGUGUGAUGGUAGGGAUGACAACAGAUAGACUAUUUGAACCAUGGCUAGAGGUUUUAUUAUGGGGAUUUUACCCAAGAGAGUCAGUCUUCUCGUCGACCAACUAUUAAGAAUACUUUGGAUGUACUUUACCCAUUGUUGUACCAACGUUGUACCGAUCGUAUAAUUGGGCCCUUCGUUCUGUGUUUAGAGAUUUCUUCCCUUUGUAGUUUUCUAGGGGCCAGCUCAUCCAGUAUUUGAUUCUUUUCUGUUUCCAUUAAAUUGCCCUCAUCUAGUCUUUUUUCAAGGAAUGCAAUGUCAUUUUCUAAACAAUUUUCGUGGUCCUUUUUUUUGCGUAGUACAGUGAGCUUGAUCAAACUGUCAUUUUCAUAGUAUCCCAUCGCUAAAGGAGAGUGGCGUCCACCUCAUUAUUGUUUUUUUAUUCAUUUGCUACUUCCUUAGUUAUUGGCUUCGUAGUUAAAUCUAUAUACUCUCCAUUUGACAAUGCAAGAAAGAAGUAUCCUGGUCCCCUGUGUUAUUUGUUAAGUAUUAUGUUAUGAGUGAAUGGUCCGUUCCAAAGCCUGGAAGCCUUGAAGUUGUUGAUGUUAAACUAGAACUAAUUAAGAAAAAGUCUAGACGGCAUUGUUUCUCCGGAUUUCCUUUUCUCCAAGUAAAAGGUUUUGUAUCCACAUUUAGAAGAUGCCAAAUGUCUGUUAGGUCUAAGAAGUCAACGAUAUACUUACCUUUUUACAAGGAUUUUUUGUGUGCUACAGCGUUCCCAACUUUUUUGUCUUAUUUUACAUCUAAAACUAGAUUAAAAUCACCACCCAAAAUUAUUUCUUCGCAUUCGAAAGUAAAAAGGCGUUCAAAAACGUUUUCAAAGAAGAAGGGGUCGUCAUUAUUUGGCGCGUAGAUAUUUGCUAAUAUCAAGGUCUUACUGUCGGUUUUUAUGUCUACAAUUAUGAAUCUAGCUUUUGGGUCUGAGUUAGUUUUAAGGAUGUGGAAGGAAAAAGUAUUGUUAAAGAGCAUGCUCACUCUGGCACUAGCAGUGGAGAGGCUACUAAAUAUAGCUGAAUACCCCCAUUCUGAAGUCCAGCAUUUUUCUUUGUCCUUCGAGCAAUGGACCUCUCAUAGAAAGAAUAUUGUGUAUUUUUUAGUUUUCAGCCAUCAAAAUAUUUCACACCUUUUCACGGUGUUAGAUAGUCCCCUCACAUUUAAUGAAAUUCCUGACUUUGGUUGUUCAUUGUCAUUUAAAUGUCAUGCUUUGGGACUUUUGUGAUUGUAAUAACAAGUCAGACAAACAUUGCAAAGUAGCAAUUCUGACAUCAUUUUUGUGAGCUGUGCUAAUAUAGGUUUUUGUGUGAAUGUUGGGAAAUAUUAAGCAUUUUCAGCUGACACUUCCUAAAUUUGAGAACUGUGUAUUUGGUAGAUCUGAUCGUAACUUACUCUUCCUCCAGUGUAGAAAAUUAAUACAAUCCAUAUAACAUUGUGAUUGCUGAAUUUCCUGUCCCAGACAGGAAGAAGCAAAUUUAUUCAUAAUAACAAAAGAUGCCUUGGACAAGGAUGGACUGUUGUUAUUAUCUUGUCUUUGAGCAGGCUUGACUGUGAAUUUUGUCAGAGUGGUGUAACUGAAUUUUAUUUUGGUUUCAACAGGAUUUACAAGCUGAGGUCCUGAGUUACCGUAGCACAUGGGCAGUUAUGUGGCUGUGGAAAGUAUCUAGUGCUGAUGCCGUUUUACAGUUCACCAUGUUGGCAAUCCUCUUUGACAAGUUAUGGGUGAGUGAAUAAUUUAAAUUGUAACUAUACUUACAGGCUGGAAUAAUGUUAAUACAUCAGCAUGGCUAUUGUUGAUGUAUUGAGCAUUAGUACAGCUGUAGCAUGGUCAACUGCUUUUUAUUGUUUUAUUGUUUUCUAAAUUCAUGUAGUAUUCUUUUAAGUUAUGACAAAUCAGCAGGUAGUAUUUGAGUCACGUGUACACUUCUUUAUACCCCAGUAAAAUGUACAACUUCACUAGGUUGAUGAAUAUUAUUGAACAGUAUACAGGAUGUCCCAAAAGUUCGUUCCUCUCAUUUCACGCACUAUAACUUUUAAUCAAAACUUUAUUUUUAUAUGAAAUUUCUAGGAGAUGUUUAUUUCUUUAACGAGUACAUGUACUCAGAAUUUCAGUAACUGGCAUGCGCUUUUUGAUUUUUUAUCACAUUCUGUAGCCGUUGCGGCAUGAAGUGGGAUACAGUGUGUAGACCCACAGAUGAUCCAUUUUGAGCCUUUUUAUCACCUAGUGUGCAGGAGCCACUCCACCCCCAAACAAUAUUUCUUUAUUUUAGGCAGCUAAAAAAAAUACAUAUUGGGCAUUCAUCCAUAAAAGAUAAUCAUCCCGGCCUCCUCCCACAGCAAGGCUUUUGUGCUUCUUUACAAAUUUGAGACCAGCUGGGCGUUACUUGGCAGACUAAGCAGAGGUUUUUUUUGCCAUCUCAGGGGCCUGUAACUUUAAGUAUUUUAAACAGCUUUUCAUAACCCUUUCUGGACUUGGCUCUCUAACUAUGUGAGAGCUUCCUCGUAGAGUCUCCUACUUUGUAUCUAGGCUUCCUUAAAACUAUUUUAGCCGCUUUCUUCAGGACUUUUGGUCUUCCCCUUAGUUUCUUGCCUUCAAAACCUUCAUUACUCCAUGAUCAUUUUACUACCCAACAUUCGGAUUUUUCCAGUCUUUUAGCAGUUUCUACAACAAAUAUCCAGUAAAUCAAAGUGUACAUGUAUGCUUAUGCUCUCACCUAGCUGAACUUGUUUGCAUUAAAGUGCUUUAUCUUUCGUGGUAUUCACAAAAUACAAGGAAGGAGUUCGAGCAAUUCGGGCUAUAAAAUACAAAAAGCAUGUGCCUGGAAAAUGUACUCGCGUAUGGGCAGCUUUGGUGUGGGAGUACACAAAUCGAAUAUUCGAGUCAAAAGAUGGCACAACAAGUAUGAAAAUAGUGAAUAAAAUUAAGACACAACUUUUGCUUUUAUGAUUUGCUUAACAAGUUCAAUCGUACUGAAAUACAGACUUAUAAAGUAGAGGAACGAACUUUUGGGACACCCUGUACAGUCAACUCUCUCAUAGCUUGCCUGCGUAGCAGGCACUGGUAAGUUAUGGGCGCAAUAAAGAAUGGGCAUAUGAGGGAGACACGCAAGGGGAGAGGGAGUGCCUUCCCUAUAGGCUAUGAAAGUUGUUUCCGGCCCCCUAUCCAAUUACCUGGCAGCUGCUGCGUGAUCUUUCAAAAUUUUUUACAGAAAUUGAUUGACCUUACACAAACAAAGCGUGCCAAAGCAUUGUACAUUUAUAUCCUCGGUCUAACUGUUAUAAAGAUCAGCUAGGUUAUCUGAUUAUAGAGAGAUGGAGCAAUAAACCAACGAUAAACACACAGCAUUUAAUCAUUUUUAACAAAAAUACGAUAAAACAAAGUCAAAAAUGGAUAUUGUUUAAAGAAUGCAUGCUGUGUAUCAUAAAAAGCUGAAUGUUGCUAUCUGAUAUUACAAAAUCACUACUGUUCAGACACCAAAGAUAGCAGAGUACGUGGAAAAUGGCCAUUGCUUUUACUGUUUUUGGAGCAGACUUGUUUUACUAAAUGGACUUAAACUUCAGAACACAAACUCUACCGAGACAUUUUUAUACAGCAGACUUCAGGUUGCCUUCAAGCAAAUAAUAAUAAUAGCAAAAGGUUUUUCAAAUUCAUGCCCCUCAGUGGAAAUUGUUUCAUUUCAUCAAUCCUGUCCAAGACUUGAUGGUACCCCUUCCAUCCACAUUGCAAGCCGCCAAGUUCUUUUUGAGCAAAGAAUCUUUCCUCUAAUCUUCAUUUCAAUGAUUCAACAAACUUUUUGUCUGUCGCUGCCUCUGCCACGUAGUCCCAUUGAAAUGACUUUCGAUCAUACCAUUGAGUAGUGUGAUAAAAGGCCUUCACUGCCUUGUCUGUCCAUGUACUACUAUGUGUAAAAACAAUCUCAUGUUUACUUUGAUUGACAGUUUUCUCGCCUAACACAAACACUUAUCCCCUCAGGAGCCUCUUAACCAAUAAGAAUCUUCUGCACUCUCAGAAAGUGAGUAGAAACGAUUUUCAUGGGCCUCUCGGGCAGGCGCUUCCUCUCCCCUUGCAUGUCUCUCUCACAUGCCCUGUUCUUUCCUGCGCCCAUAACUUCCAAGUACCUGCCAUGCAGGCUAUCUCGUAGCAACCACUUCUCAUAAUCGACCACCUCCUGUAAGGGACCACUUUACAAAUAACUGUUUUUCUCUCAGUCAAACACUGUUUCAAAAACUCUUUCUUAAGUGACCACUACUUUAUGUUUUCUGUUUCCAAUAAGCGACUACUUGGCACAAUCACAUAUGAUUGUAAGACAGCCACUGUUUGAACAUCACAAAAGUUCAUUUUUUGAAUAGUGCAAAGGAUUAAUAUGACAGACCAUAGCAACUGACUUACAGAAAAGAUGUCUGUAAUAUGACCUGUAGGUAAAAAAGUGGAUUGUUACAUUCAUGCAAAAUGUUAUCUACAAAGUUUCGUCAGUUCCAAGGGUUAUUCAUUUACCAGUUGUCCAUUUGCCUAAUUUAGCUUGUAAAGUAAUAACUUUAUAUAAUUAUGUUAAUCAGUUGAGUUUAAGCUUUUGUUUCUUGAUUUUCCCAUAGACGACCAACUCCCGUAAGCGACCACUUUGUCAUGCAGUAAGGUUGGUCACAUUAUGAGAGAGUUGACUGUAUGAAUACAAUACAAACAGCUGCUUAGCUGACAAGUAUCAGUAAUUAAUUUUAACUGAUACAGAUCUUUACUUAUAAACUAUUCAGUGUCCAAUCUGUAUGGGGCUUACAUUGGCUCAGCUUUGGCUUGCUGUUGCAAACUUCAAAACACACCUGUCACACGUAUUUUAUUGUAUUGCCUUAUUUUUUCCUGAAUCUUUCAGGUUUGGGUGCAGAUGUUGAACUACUUUGGCCCUUUAGAAUUAGCAUUUGUUAUUGUGUUUUCUCAACUGCAUUUGAUGGAGGUAGGUUUACUUGUAGUACUACGGCCAAGCGAGGUCAAGUGUCCCCUGCCACUAAGAUUCUAUUAGUGAAUUUAUUAUUCACAAGUUCAUUAAGUGGGUAGAUGUAGAUUUCAGAUUCAUCUCUUUUAUCCUGCAUGCGUAAUGAGUCAAAUUCUACCAACUCAUUUUCCUGUAUUUGAUUUAAUGUAUUCAAAGCAAUUUUGUCCAUUCAGAGAUUUUUCAAUCUCAACAAAUACAGAGAAGUUAUAAAAAAAUUCACCACUCAUUUUUCAUGCAAGAAUGCAGAUUUGAAUUUGAUACUGGUUGCAGCAAUGACUAACGGAGUCAGUUAUCAUUUUUUUAAAUGGAAUCUAUGGGGUUGCACUUGAUCUGUCAUGACUGUAAUAAUAAUACAUGUAAUAAUAGUAAAAUAUGAAAUCAGGGAUAGAAACAUAAUUCUUGGAGGACUCACCCUAUGGGUGAGUGAUGUUUAGAUUGUGCUCAAAAGAAUAUAUUAAUUUUGACUUGCCAAAUAUUCCUGCCCCCAGUUAAACCAAACAGGCCAUUUUGCAGCUGUGUUCUUAGUGCUCUGGCCUCUUAAGGUGAUUUCUUAGGAAAAGAACCUAACAUAGAUUGUAGAUGAAACUUGGUACACUGAUGUAACAAGUCAAGUAGAUGACAAAAAAGUAAUAAAAAGUGGGGGUCACAGUGCUCAUUUUGACAUCACUAUGCUGGCAAAUACGGGUAUUUAGGACUCUUUGGCAAAAAACGGGCGCAGCCCAAAACUGGACAAAAAGGAGAGAUUUUUUCGAUGGUGCGUGUGGUAACGCACAGAAUUUGAUUUAAAUGUAUUGUUUGUCCACUUACAUACCAGAAAAAUGCUGUUUUAUGCCCUUGUUUUUACUUUACGCUCCAAAGUAGACUUAAUUUGGACACGCGCUAUUCAACCCACUAUAGCUCAAUCUCUACAAUUUAGUAAAAUUGCCAAAGAAGUGAACAUAGAUUUAUGCCAAUUUUUUUCCAUUGAAAGGAAGCACUGUUCUUAUUAAAAUCAUAAAAUAAAAAAUUGGGGUCAAGUGGCAAGCUUCAAAAUGGCAUGUAUCUGGAAGGGGGGAAGAAGCAUUAAAAAAUCCAUUUUUUCAGAGUUUACAUUGAGAUAUCACAGUUAGGACGCAAUGUGAUAAAGAUGGCUCUUAAAUGAAAAUCAAAGUGAGAUAGCACAAGUUAAAUGUCCAUCAUUGAGGUUUUCCGUGGGAAAGUCGAACUCAGCAACAAUCGUACUGCCUAUGUUAUGCACAUUCCCAACACCUUGAGUCUCAUCUAGGCAAGAAACAACUGCAACCGAAAUUCUAAUAGCAUUUCACUUCGGUCAACUUCAUUUUAAUAAUGUUACUUUCGAUGCUCUUUUUCACAGCGGCCAUCUUGUCAUGUGCAGUAAGAGAUGUGCCGUGCAAAACCAGCAAAUCACCUUAGUAGAAGCGAGGGUGACUUUGUUUCAUCACAAACCAAUCCUGUUUUUCACAUUAAUAAUAAGUAAUAAUAUCCAAGGGCUUGUUAGCAUAAAAGUUAUAAAAUUUGUACAUGAAAAGUAGGAAGGUUGACUAGUAACAUGACAAGGGUACACAUUCUUUGUAAAAUGUUCUAUUGAAUGAAGUACAGGAAACAGCGGUGGGGUUGUUGUUGACAACAAAGUGAAACCUCUCUAUAUAUGUGUAUGACCUACAUGGAUAUCAAAUUUCUCAAUGUUACUAACUAAAGAAAUCAAUCAGUUUUCUUGCCCACAUUCAUUCUACCAUGGGAUUUUUACUGAUAAAAUUAAUAGCUUUCAGUGAUUUUAAUAUCCCACAUUCCACAUCCUGGACACAUAAAAAUGUCUUAAGAUGCAAAAAACACAUAUUAUUUGGUUGGACGCAAAGAUCAAAUUUGAGCAAAGAAGAUGAAGAUUGUUGUGAAGAGAAUCCUGUUUUUGACUUAAAAUCUGUAAAAAAUACCUUAAUCAAGGGUGCAAUAUCAUUUGCAAUCAAAAGGAUGUCCAAAAGCAAUUUUUGAAUAAACAAAGCACUACCAUACAAAACAAUCCAACAAAAUCAUUGGGUUUUGGAAGUUUUCAUCGUAUGAGUCCCAGGAGUUGCCAUAUAGCAAUUUGUAACAAAAUCACUGAGAUUUUUUGAGGUUUUAAGACAGUCGAACUUUUUAUCCUUUAACAAGGAUUCUAACAGUUUUGACGAAUUUGAGAUGGAUGGCAGAAAAUAAAAUUCUCCCACUACACAUUUUAUGGCUCUAAGCUGGAUUCAAAAUGACUCCCUGCAGAAUUGAUUUGGAGCCACAAAAUUAUUGCCAAGUGCAGGAUGCUAGUAAAAGCUCUUUACUUGUAUUGUGCAAAUGAGCUUCAGACACUUGGCUGUGGUAGAGGAGGGGCUGUCUGUAUAUAGCCUAUGGAAGAGGUUUUUAUAUAAAUUCAAGUUAUUUUUUGUUUCUCUUCAGGUGAGAGCCUACCUGCUUGGUACAUAG